AACAAUUUUAAUGCAUCCAAUAACAAAACCAUCUAGGACGUUCGCGCAUUAGGACACAGUCCACUGAUCAUCGUGGCGUCCAUUUACGUGGAGACCACUCCGCGUAGUCUCCUCCUCUUUUCCUUUUCCCCCCCACAUCACACACACACACACACACUAUAUAUAUGUAUAUAUAUCCUAUUCCCCUUCUUCAAACACCUCGAACACGUACGAUCAAUUAAUAUCAACAAUGGACGCUCCUCCUCAUCCUGUUGUUCUCUCUCUAUUCCUGAUCCUCUCCCUCCUUGCGCUCCGCUCCGGCGCGGUGAACCCGCGGGAGCUGUUCCUCGUAAAGCCGGAACCCAUCGUCCUCACCGACCACAACGGCACCCUCCUCACCGGUAACAUCACCGUGAACCUCCUCUGGUACGGCCCCUUCUCCCCUGCCCAGCGCGCCAUCGUCUCCGACUUCGUGCGCUCCCUCUCCUCGUCCCCGAACCCGGACCCCUCGCCCUCGGUCGCCGAUUGGUGGCGCACCACCUCGCUCUACGGCGGCGGCGGCGCGCGCGUCUCGCUCGGCCGCGAGAUCCUCGACGAGCGCCUCUCCCGCGGCGGCUCCCUCUCCGGCGCCGACCUCCUCGCCCUCGCCGCGCGCGCCGCGCCGCACCGCGGCGCGGUGGCGGCGGUGCUCACGGCCCCGGGCGUCGGCGUGGAGGGCUUCUGCGUGUCGCGGUGCGGGCACCACGGCGCGGCGCGCGGGGGCCGGCACUGCAGGGCCCGGUACGCGUACAUCUGGGCCGGGAACCCCGCGGCCCAGUGCCCGGGCGAGUGCGCGUGGCCCUUCCAGCGGCCCGUCUACGGCCCGCAGACGCCGCCGUUGGUCCCGCCCAACGGCGACGCCGGAGUGGACGGGUUGAUCAUCAACCUCGCGGCGCUCCUCGCGGGCGCCGUCACGGACCCGUUCGGGGACGGGUACUACCAGGGCCCGGGACCCGCGGGGCCCGAGGCGGCGACGGCGUGCACGGGGAUAUUCGGGUCGGGCGCGUACCCGGGAUACCCCGGGAAGCUGCUGGUGGACCCCACCACCGGCGCCAGCUACAACGCCGUCGGAUUGGCCGGCCGGAAGUACCUCUUGCCCGCCUUGUGGGACCCGCGGACGUCGCAGUGCACGCCGCUCGUCUAAUAACUGAUCUAAAGUUCUAAACCACCCGCCUCGGCUUUAAUAAUCGCGCAUUCCAUGCAUGUUGUUUCUAUUUUCUUUUCUUUUUUUUUUCUUUUUAUCUCUACGAUGAAUGUUAUUAAAAUUUUUUUUUUUGUUUUGAAAAAAAAGGGAAAGAACGAAGGGUUAAAUAGUGUCAAUUAAUUAAGGAUGUGCUAAUAAUAAACGUACAUUUUUUUAUGGUAUAUAUAUAUAUAUAUAUAUUUUGUAUCUUCGUUCAGUGUUGUUUGUAAAGUUAUUAUUUUGGAGUUAAUUA